AUGGGCUUGAAGACAAAGAUCAAUAAAUCAGCCAAGUCGCUGACUGGCUUCAAUGGCGCAACAACAGUUACCGUGGGCACAAUAGAUCUCGGCUUCUACUGCCCACCAGUAAUCAGCUCGCAAAUGUUCAUGGUCAUUGAUGAAGCCUUACCCUACAAUGGCAUUCUGGGCAGACCAUGGAUCAGCAAGAUCAACGCCGUCACCUUCGCCACACAUCAGAAGAUUCGCUACCCAAUCCCUGGGGGCGGUAUCGAUCAAAUCAACAGUGAUCAGGCAAUGGCAAGGAAAUACUCAGCUCAAGGGGCAAAUCUAAAGGGAGUAGAACAAGCAGAGGAGAAAGCAGAUCCUCAAUCAAAGAAUCAGGACCAAGUCGAGGGAAUUCGUUCGGAGGUCUAUCCUGAAGAAGGAUGGGAGCCCGAGGAGGACAUUGAGCUAGUACCCCUUGAUCCUGACAAGCCAGAGAGAAAAGUGCGGAUCGGCUCGCGCCUAAGCCAAGAGGAAAAGGCAGAGCUUGUAGCCUUCCUCCAGAACAACAAACGCGUAUUUGCAUGGUCGCCAUCCGACAUGCCUGGCAUCGAUCCCCAGAUCAUCUUCCAUCGCCUACACGUCAACUCAGCUAUCAAGCUUGUAGUGCAAAAGAGACGCAACUUCGCCCCUGAGCGGGCAGAAUGGCUGGCGAACGUUGUUCUAGUAGCGAAGAAAGAUAAAGGCCUGUGGAGAGCGUGCGUCGACUACAUCGACCUUAACAAGGCGUGCCCUAAAGACAACUUUCCACUGCCAAGAAUUGAUCAGCUCGUCGAUUCAACUUCUGGCAAUCAACUGCUAAGCUUCAUGGACGCCUACUCCGGUUACAACCAAAUCAUGAUGCAUGAAGACGACAAGGCAAAAACCUUAUUCAUUAUCGAAAGAGGUACAUACUGCUACAAAGUCAUGCCCUUUGGGUUGAAGAAUGCCGGGGCCACCUACCAAAGGCUGGUGAACAAAAUUUUCAAGGAGCAAAUUGGCAAGACUAUAGAGGUCUACGUAGACGACAUACUAGUCAAAGCUCCCAAACGAGCAGACCACAUCAAGAAUCUUGCCGAGGCAUUCAGCCUACUCCGAAAAUACAACAUGAAGUUGAACUCGAGCAAAUGCACAUUUGGAGUCUCGUUCGGCUGA